CACAUCAACGCUUCCAGGGGGUUAUUCUGCCUCUUCAGUGCUCCCAUUAGCUCUGACUCCUGCAAGGGUUAAUGUUCACCUCCCUUUCCAUCUAAAGAACAAGUUGUCUAUCUCACCCCCACCAUGAGAUUAAGUGUAAUCGCAGUCACCCUUCGUCCUUACCUUGCAAAGCCUUGGCACGCCAAACCACAAGCAAAGUCGGUGCAUCCUGAGUUUCUAAGUGAAAUUAAAAGCAAAAAAAAUAGGGUUUCAAAGUGAAAUUAAAACCAGAAAUUAAAAAAAAAAAUAAAUAUAAAAGAGCAACAAUAAAAACCCAAAACAACCCAACCCAACACCCAAAAUCUCAGUGCCCCAGAAAAGUCUCUUGCAAAGAGGGUUUGUCUGUGGAAGCAAGGAACAAAGUUGUGGGGUGGAGGGGGAGGAGAGCGUGAUUGACAGCCCUGAGCUGAGACUCAUCCCUUACCUUGGGCCAUGCGGUCUGAUUGGCUGCCUGCUGACAUCCCCAAGCCCUGCACUUUUUAAUAGACGCUUUUGGAUGAUCUACAGGGAAAAGGCUUGGAGAGGUGUGUUUCUGACAAGGCAGAAAGUCACCCGCACUACCAGGGACUUGCUUUAACUCUUGUGUUUUGAAUUGAUUUCUAUUGGGUUUGUUUUUUUUUCCUGGGAGGAGGGGGAUUCUUCAUUUUCACACUUCAUGUUUUUCUGAAAACUUCGCUGAGAUUCACCCCUUGCACCAGCCUGGACUAAUGGAUUACCACCUGCUUGGACUAAUUUUGUCUUUUCUCUUCAAUGGCACAAAGGUCUUAGCCGGUUACCCAAUUUGGUGGUCCCUUGCACUAGGUCAGCAGUACAGCUCGCUGGGGUCCCAGCCUAUCCUCUGCGGCUCCAUCCCCGGCCUCGUCCCCAAGCAGCUCCGCUUCUGCCGCAACUACAUUGAGAUCAUGCCCAGUGUGGCCGAGGGGGUGAAGUUGGGCAUCCAGGAAUGCCAGCACCAGUUCCGGGGCCGGCGCUGGAACUGCACCACCAUCGAUGACAGCCUGGCCAUCUUCGGGCCAGUCCUGGACAAAGCUACGCGCGAGUCUGCCUUUGUCCACGCCAUCGCAUCGGCAGGGGUGGCCUUCGCCGUGACCCGCUCCUGCGCUGAGGGCACGUCCACCAUCUGCGGCUGUGACUCCCAUCACAAAGGACCUCCAGGAGACGGCUGGAAAUGGGGGGGAUGCAGCGAGGAUGCCGACUUCGGCGUGCUGGUGUCCCGGGAAUUCGCUGACGCCAGAGAGAACCGGCCGGACGCACGCUCGGCCAUGAACAGGCACAACAACGAGGCCGGCAGGACGACCAUCCUGGACCACAUGCACCUCAAGUGCAAGUGCCACGGUCUCUCGGGAAGCUGCGAGGUGAAGACGUGCUGGUGGGCCCAGCCUGAUUUCCGGGCUAUCGGGGACUACCUGAAGGACAAAUACGACAGCGCCUCCGAGAUGGUGGUGGAAAAGCACCGCGAGUCUCGGGGCUGGGUCGAAACUCUGAGGGCCAAGUACGCUCUUUUCAAGCCACCGACAGAGCGGGAUCUGGUCUACUAUGAGAACUCCCCCAAUUUCUGUGAGCCCAACCCCGAGACGGGCUCCUUUGGGACAAGGGACAGAACAUGCAACGUCACCUCCCACGGCAUCGACGGCUGCGACCUGCUGUGCUGCGGUCGCGGCCACAACACCAGAACUGAGAAACGGAAGGAGAAGUGUCACUGCAUCUUCCACUGGUGCUGCUACGUGAGCUGCCAGGAGUGCAUACGUGUCUAUGAUGUCCACACCUGCAAGUAAACAUAGGUAGGUCUCCAGCUGAUGGGAGGUUGCUCCAGAGCAGGGCCAUGGGGUCCGUCAACCCUGUGAGCAGCCCCCAUGUGCUGGCCUCAUGCUUCAGAGGAUGGCAUUAACAAACCCUAAUGCCCUGGGCCGGGGCAGGCACCCUCACACAGCCAGCACCAGCGCUGCAGAGGGGGCUCUCAGCAUCUCACCCACACAAGGCAGCCCAAAGUAAGACCUGGUGCCGCAGAUGAGCUCCGUCACUGAUCCGCUGCCUUCUCGUGUGCUGUUUGGCAUGAUGGACUAACCGGGGAGAAGCAGGGACAGCGAAAGCUGAAGUGAGGCACAGCCACACUAGCCAGCGUGCUGCUGACACAGCAUGCAGAGCUUCCAGCUCUGUCCUCCUCCGGAGGUCAGGCCCACAUAGAUGCUAAUCCAAGGA